AUGCGGUUCGACUUCACAUUCCUUGCAGCGUUACUACUGUCCAGUACUGCUGCAAACAUUAUUGAGCCUCAACAUGCCGUCAGAAUAGAGGACAUCACUCAAGACAACUUGUUCAAGCGAAAAGGCGGUGGCGGUGGCGGCGGUCGAGGAGGUGGUGGUGGUGGUGGCGGCUCGCGAGGGGGCAGUAGUGGGAGCAGCGGCAGCGGUGGUCGAUCUGGCUCCAGCUCAGGUGGUGGAUCCCGUGGAAACACCGCCUCUAGCUCCAAUGCUGGUGGCACAUCGCGGGGAGGUUCGGGACCUCCACGAAGCUUUGGCGGAAAUUCUUACUACGGCGGAGGUGCUGCCAAGCCGUACAGAUCUGGUGGCGUUUCACCCCUCGGUAUUGCUGCCGUUGGCCUUGCAGCCGGAGCUCUCGUCUUCUGGCCUGGUCAUUGGCUUUACGGGGCAUAUCUAUAUCCUUACAAUCACCACUAUAUCUUCCACAACUCCACCACCAACAAGGAAGAGAAUCUUCCUGUUGUUUGUGGUUGUGGCACGUAUGAAGUAUGUGGCUGUGAUGAAAACAACACCACAAUGACAGAACUUGUCGGCAACGGCACAUACGAUGCUCUCAACAAGUCUCUCAUCAACGUGGGGGAUUACAACGGUCAAAAGACGCUCCUCGUCAAUGGAACUCUCCCCAAUGGCACCACUGCUGAUGGUCCAGAUGAAGGCGCUGGUGUCGGAGUUGGCAUGAAAAGCUUGGUUGAAGCUGCUGGCCUGUGGUCCGCUGCGGUUUGUGUUAUCGCUGCCAUCUGCCUUGCUUAA